AUGACAGAACCCGAGACACUGGCUCUGCUGGAGGUAAAGGGGCAAGAAACCCUUGAGAAGAAUUUACCCCAACCCCUCAUCCCUAAUGGACUUAGACCUGAGGAGGAAGAAGGGGAAGAGCUUGCCCCUUGUGAGAAUGAGAUGGGCAAGGUGGGCAGUGAAGCUACUACUUUGCCCUGGGUGAGAACAUCAUUAGGUACUGGCCCCGAACCCAGUGCCCCCUUCCCAGACUCCCCUGGUUGGCAGGGAUGUGAUAAAGAGCCCAUUCUGACAGAGCUGCCCCAUAAGCCUGAAGAGUCAGCUGAGGAAGAUAUUAACCUGAUGCCUGAGCAAGCAGCCCGAGCAUUUGUUCCAAUUGACCCACAGUGCAUUGAGAGGAGGCCUCAAGAAGAACUCAUUGUCCACUGUGACAAAAAGGUUGAGGGUGAAUGCCAAGCCUUUCUGUUGCCUCGAGCUGCUCGGUCAGAUCCCCCUGAACGGAAAUGGGCAGAGGCAGCAGUUGCACCCCCUGCUCACUGCAGGAGUUGUGGAGGCUGUGGCCGUGAGGGAUUGAGGGCUGUGGCCUCUUUUGGGGCUGCUCUUAUCUUCUUCCCCUGCCUGUUAUAUGGAGCUUAUGCCUUCCUGCCUUUUGAUGCGCCCCGGCUGCCCACCAUGAGUUCUCGACUUGUCUACACACUCCGAUGUGGGGUAUUUGCCACUUUUCCCAUAAUUUUAGGGCUUCUCGUCUACGGCCUGUCUCUCUUGUGUUUUUCUGCACUUCAUCCCUUUGGGGAACAACAGAGAGAAGUUGAAAUCCACAGGCGAUACGUGACUCAGUCUGUCCAGCUUUUCAUCCUCUAUUUCUUCAACCUGGCUGUACUUGCCACUUACCUGCCCCAGGAUACCCUCAAGCUGCUACCCCUGCUCACUGGCCUCUUCGCCAUAUCUCGGCUGGUGUAUUGGUUGACUUUUGCAGUGGGCCGAUCCUUCCGGGGCUUUGGCUAUGGGCUGACCUUUCUGCCACUGCUCUCUAUGUUGGUGUGGAACCUUUACUACAUGUUCCUGGUGGAGCCUGAGCGUAUGUUCACUGCCACUGAAAGUCGACUUGACUACCCAGACCAUGCUCGAGCUGCUGACUACAAGCCACAUCUCUGGGGGUGAUACCCAAUCCUGCCUACUGUUGAUGUUCUCCCAUUAACCCCCAAGCCCUAAGGAACUGAGAUGAUCCAGAACUCUUCACUGAAUGGACUCUGGAUAUACCAUCUUUGUCCUUUGACUUCCUGGAUCAUGACCUUUGAACCAGCUGCUUUUGCAGCUUGCCGAUCCUUGACUUUGAUGUUGGGGUGGGUGGUAGGUGGAGGAAGCAAGAACUCACAUAGCCAAGGUCUUAUAUUGCCUCUGGCUACUUCAACCUAAUGUCUCUUGAGGCCUGUUACUGCCUUGAUUUUUCUGUAGCUUUAGUGGGAAGAAUUCUUGCCUUCUAGAGGAGAGAAUAGAAUUAGGGAAAGCAAAAUCCCUGACUUUUUUUAGAUCUUAAUUGGCUCAAGAGAGAACUUGUGGAAUAACUUAAUAAAUCAUUUUGAAACAGAAGCAGGGGUUCUGUAAGUUAAUGGAAAUUUUUUUAUCAGGACCUGAGAAGGGCAGGUCUUAACUUUGGGCUCCCUCCAAAUAUCCCCUUAGUGACCUUUUUAUCUUAGCUAGAAGAAAACAAGUCAUAACCUCUCAUUUUGCUUCUCACUGGUAAGAUGAGAGCAUUAGAUGUCAUAACCUCUAGGUCUAUUCCUGCCCAUAACCACUGAUUGUAAACUAAGUCUAAACAGUUCCAAUUUCCUUGUUUUGGCUGGGUUGCCAUUCUUCCCCUCCUAACUUAGGCUGCCAUUGUAUCCCAUUUAUCAAUGAGUGGCAAAGUGAGAUGUGACAAUGAGGUAUUUAGAUGUUGGGAGAGUACAACAGGGAGGGAUAAGUUUUAAGACUGGUUCAUUUGUAAACAGUGAUAUUGGGGAGAGGGGUAGUAGGGAUGGAGUAAAUCACCAUAUUAUUUUUCUAUUUCUUCCUUUUUAAAGAAGUCUUUUUGCUCAGAUCAAACUAUCAGAAAACUGAUGCACAGCACUCACGUCAUACGUUUGGGGCAUGGGGCUCCCAAUGACGACAGGGAGAU